CUACAGGAUAGGUGCUAGCGUUUCUUCGGCAAAAAAUUUCACCGCGUGAAGGAAUAAUGAAAUUCAGCUGUGUACUUGCGAUUAUUGGCCUUAGCUUACUCCUCUUCUUAGAGACUCCUCGGGCUACAAGUCCCUCGGGUAGUCGCCCGGCAAGUCCCCCGGGUAGUCGCCCGGCAAGUCCCCCGAGGAACGUUGGAAGACCUGGAUCAUCGUCAGCGGCAUCAGACCCCGAUUUUUAUGCAAAACGGAUGGCGCACAACAAGGAGUUAAAGGGAAGGUUAUUAAAAAUGGCCCAUAUGCAAAUUAUGUGCCCUCAUGAGGAUGAUCCAAGAUACGAGCAAAAAGUAGAAGAAGCAAACAAAAAAUGCAUACAGGCAUUCAAUUAUCUGAAAGAAUGGUUCGUAGAAGCAGAGAUCGGUAACUGUGUGCAUCAUGUUCACGCCAGGUGCCAAAAUGAAAAGUGCAGAGCACAGGUUCAAAACAAAGACCUCAAUCUAAACUGGUAUGAACUAGACUUAAUUGCUUGCAUUGAGAAAAUAGUGACAGAAUAAUAUAUAUACAUAUAUAGA